AUGUGGCCCCCUGCUGUGCUGAACUCCUUCCUUCUCCUCCUCCUGUCCAUGAAAUGUUGCAUCUUGCUGGAGGACGGCUGCGUGUGGACAGUCGUGGUCAACGAUUUCGAUAGCCUUGGCUCCACCCGAUGUGUGUUCAUGAAUCAGAAUGAAGUUCGGAAGGUGGCCGAGGUCUUUAAGGAACUGGGCGAUUCUGCCAUCGAUCCUGACGACAGAAACGCUCGAUACUUUGGAUUUCCAUACUUCCUGAAAAUUAACCUGACUUGCACAGGAGAGGACUCUGAACGAGUCAUUCGGUCAGCACACUACAGUGGUUUGAUCCCCAUGGUGACCAUCACUUUUCAAGAACCCAUCCACUCCGUGCGUCAGAAACGAGAACAGUUGCAGAUCACAAUGAAGGCUGCGCCAUCCCGGAUUGGAGGGAGAUGCGACAGCGAGGAGGUUUGUCUGAUGUCCUGGUUCACGCCCAUGCCGAUGAUGAAUGGCAGUGUGAUGAUGGAAGUCUUUGUGAAGAGCAACGACCUCGGUCCCUUGGUGGAGGACAAGAGGUUCUCCAUCAAUGUCAAUGGCUUUGCAAAGACGGAUAAAGAGACAGGUGAAACGGUGUACACGAUUGGAGCAAAGUUGACCAACGUGAAGGACUUCCUGUCCCUAAGGGAGGUGUCGCGUCCUUUAUGGGCCACUUUCAACCAAGCCCCCGUGGUCAUCCUCGGUCGUGUGCCCGGCAGCAAGAUCAUUCUCAUGUCCGAUACUCGCUUUGAUGAUUUCUUCCCGAUAGAGGUGGCCAUUGAUAGCUGCUGGAUUGGCUCCCUCUCGUGCCCGCAGCAGAACUUCUCCUCCUCCAUUGUGGACACCAUCGCCACAGAAAGCACCCUCUUUAUCCGACAGAACCAACUGGUCUAUUACUUCACCGGAAGUUACAGCGCUUUGCACAUGGAAACCUCAGGGUCUGUGCUGUGGACGCGCAUAUUGAACAACAUCUGCGUAAAGAAGUUGAGCCCAGUGGAUUUCUCUAUAAACAAUACCGAAUACGUGAUUGCGAUCGGUGGUGGCUGGCAAGAGGGAGAAUUCUUUCUGAUUAGCGUGAAAGAUGGCAUUGUGAAGGUCUCCGGCUCCAUGAAGCCUAAGAACGGGACAGUGUGCAGGUUUUUACUCCUGAAAUGUACCAUCCUUUGGGUUGUCUUUGCUACUACAAGGAACAGAUUCAUUCUGCUGGUGAAAGGCUUGAUGAGAGGCGAGCAUUACAUCGUGGGAUACAGUCGAGAAACAUUUGAACUGAAGUACCGGAUUCCUAAAUUGGUUCCCAAGGCUGCUUCAGAUAAAGGCUUUGUGAUGCUUCUAGGAAAGGAGCAGUAUACAAACCGGACCCUUGUCCCCAGAGGCCUGGCCUUGAACCCUUUCACAGUAAAGCUGUACAUCUGGGGGAAUGUGAUCUUGCAAAGCAACGACGCGAUGAAUUACGUCUACCUCUCCAGCUUCCCGAGUACUUCUUUCAUCAAAUAUUUUGUUCAUUCGUAUCAGGGGCAUUAUGCCUGCGUGACAGAUAACGAGGAGAUCUGGGUCUCCACGGAAGGCACCUCGUUACUUGUCCGGGUGUAUCCAUCAGAACCUUGGAAUCUAUUCAGAGAUUUACAGAUCAUUAGAAAGUCGACGGAAUAUGGGGAAAACGAGGCCACGAUCAGUGUUUUCUACGACCCGGAUGGGCUGAAACAGCUGCUCUAUUUGGAGGACAAGGACGGCAACGCGAGGGUGAUCAAGAGGAGAGUCCCCCUGCACCACGUCCUGACGUACCGGCACUUGAUCAGUUUCCCGUACCACCAGAUAUCAUACGACGGAAAAGACUACAUCCGCUUCAGCCACCGCUGCCCGUUUGCCGUGAUGCGCAUUGUGGACCCGCCGCGCCCGCAGCGCUACACCCGGAUGGAACAUUACAGUUCUGAGCCGCCGAUCGUCAUGGAUCCCACCUCGUUCCACAACUUGAAGUCGAUGGCCGUGUACCAGGGCCUGAUCUUCCAGCUGCUCUGGCUGCAUUCAGCGUACAACAGACCUUAUGCAGACCCCGUCCAUGACCCCACGUGGCGUUGGUGGAAGAACAAGGAACAAGAUGCGGAUUAUUACUUCUACGUGGCGGGAAGCAGGAACUCCUCGGGUGGUGUCUAUGUGGACAUGAACCAGUAUGUCAAGGUCUACACCCUCAAGGCUCCGAAUGAGCUGCCCCCCCAAAUCUACCUGGACAAGAAAAACACCUACGUCUUCUUCGUGUUCCUGAGCAUCAGGACAGCCAAGCAGAGCCUGGGGGAGACGGCGGCAGAAAAUUCCCUCAAUGCCAUUUGGAUGACCGUCGUGUUAUCCCACCCCAAAUAUUUCCUCGCCAAACUGGACAGGCAAGAGCUCAUCAGCAGAGGCUCGGUGCUGUACGAAGUGACAAUCAGUGACAAUGGCCAAUUUCCAUACCAAGACCUGAGCGGCAAAAACCUUCUGAGGGGCUCUGUCAUUUUAAAAGUGGCCCACUCCUCAAUGAACUGCUACCACUACACUGCGAAGGGACCACGGCUAAAGGGCACCAAGGUGAUAGGCAUCAAUAUCGGCUGCCCCCCAGGCAAGAGGCUGGCCUUCGACAUCACAGGAACUAUGCAGUACACCACCAAGAAGAACAAGCGCUACUUCGACUGCAUCAAUCCGGACCCGGAGAUGCCCUGCUUCUUCUUUAGCGACCUGUUCUAUCCUUCCUUUUUGAUCCAAGACAUGGUGACAGGGCACUCGGGCCAAUUCGGGGGAAGCUACGUCUUCAAAGUCAUUGGCGGGGGGCCAUAUUCGAAGAAAGAGAUCCGCUACUUUAGCAAAGAGGAGAUUCUGCGCUACAACACAGUGAACGGGAGCAAAACGAAGAGUCUGAUAUGGCUUAGGGAAGUCAAAUUGCAAGAUAAUUUGGACCCAGAAGGCUUCCAUAUCCUUUCUGGGACCGACAACGGGAUUUUGUUCGUCUGCCAGAAGGCGUCUGCGUGUUAUGACAUCACUCCCCGGGAUAUGAUGGCCCCACAUUACUUCUUCGUGGUGAAGGUGUCCAACAGAGACGUGGACCAAAGCACCUACUGCGACUACGCCUUGGAAUUCAUCAUCCAUGUCCACGGCCUGCGCCUCAGCCCCACCCGGGCGGUCUUCCUCAUGCAGGUUUCUCUGUUCUCAUUAAUUGGCAUGGUGCUUAUGUACAUCUUCCUCCACAUUGUGGGCCCCAGCGUCAAGGAGUGCACUCACAACUUGUACAAGAGAGUCGAGGAGGCCAUCGUUUUCCGGGCUGGAUCCAGCAACACCUUCACGUCAUCAUUGGGCAGCCAGAUCUCCCUGUCCAACAUAUACUCAUCUGAUCACAGCUAUCAGAGCUCAUCACCAACAUCGGUCCACGGAGAAAAGCUGUAACGCCAGUAGCGCCGGCUGGGGCUCUUCGUCCAGCAUUAGGGAACUUGCACGAGGAGCUCCCAUUUUUGUUCCAGCCUCUUCUUCCGCGCACCUUCGCUGUCGUCCUGGAGCGAGCUGCCAUCUCUCACAUGUGACUUCUGCCUGACUGCUUUGCUGGCUGCUGAACUGUGAACUGCAGUUGAAUUCAGCCAGCCAAUGCUUGGAGGGUAGCUAGCCAACACAGGAACAGGAUGUAGCCAAUCCUGAACCUGCAGUUCCUGACCUUGCAGGGAUGGAAUGGUCCCCCCGUGCAGGCAGUUUUCCAAGGACAGGCCACAUUUGCUUCUCUGUCCAGUUCAUCCCUAAGUUUUUCUCAAGGAGGUAACCAGGUAUCUUUUAACCUGCGUAUGCUUCCCUCUGCCUGGACGCAAAAUUCUACUACUUCAGCUCUGCUUGCUGUGACCUUCUCCUGUAAAGGGCUUCCUCCUCUCUGUUGUGGAGGGAGGGAUCGGGUUACCAAAGGCAGUGCGGAGUCUGAACUUCAUUAGCCAUGUGACAACCAGCUGGGGUGCGGGUUGUUCCGUUCUGGAUCUCUCGGUCAGAAAUACAAGAAUCGGUGCUGUGCAGGGGGCACCUGCCUGCACGGCUUGUUGGCAGACGAGGCCCCUGGCUGGGACCUAGAUACUAGUCGGACUGCCAGCAAACUGCUUGGUUGGCCCCUUCGCGCCCCGCGGAUGAGGCAGAAAAAUGAUUCGAGGGUCCAUCUGCUCUGGACUUAACCAUCUCAUUCCAGGGAAUUAGCAUAUGCUGCGUCAAAUCUCUCGCACAACAGUAUCAGUGCCUGAGCGUAGAGUUUGCAAAGGAACAGAAAACCUUUCCACCUCCCUCCAGUUUACUCAUAGGACAUGGAUGAUUUUUUUCAACCUCUGCAAAAGACUCUUGGUUACCCUUUUUGUCUAUCUUGGUUACCCUGUGCCUGUUAAUUGCUCUCCGCCCCCCAAAUUUGUUUUUCCUCAGCCAUUAGAUAAUCAACUUAGGUUGUUCAAUAAAGUUACAGUGGAGUUUGGUUUGAUUUA